CAUUUGUUUCUAUUUAUUCAUUCCUGAAAAAGAUGAGAUAGAAAACAUAAUGGUUAUGAAUAUCAUCUGUUAUCAACCCCGCACAGAUUGAAAAUGUAAUUGAAAGAUGAGUUAGGUAGCUUAGAGCACAUUCAUACCUUGUAAUUCGAUGUAAUUCUGUAAAAGAAAGAGUUUUAAAAAAAUUAGAAACAAGCUUACAUAUUAUCUGAGUCUCAUCAUCCUGGAGAGAAUAAAGGACACCCUGGAUACAGAACUCCGACCAGAACAAGCUGGAUUCAGGAAAGGCAAAUCAUGUUCUGACCAAAUUGCAACUCUACGCAUCAUCAUCACAGAACAAAGCAUGAAAUGGCAAUCAAACCUCUACAUCAACCUUAUAGACUUUGAGAAGGCCUUCGACAGAGUUGACCGCGAAGUAAUUUGGAAACUACUCGAGUACUACGGCUUACUCCAAAUAUUCAUCAACCUUAUUCAACAGCUGUACGACAAUGGCACAUGUCAAGUGAUCCACAACAGAAAACUCAGCGAGGCGUUUGGAGUAAACACAGGAGUCAGACAAGGCUGCUUAUUAUCACCAACGAUAUUCCUAAUUGUGGUGGACUGGAUUAUGCGUCAGACAGUGGGAAACGAGAAGACAGGGAUACCCUGGACCGACAUGAAGAAUCAAGAAGACCUAGAUUUCGCGGAUGAUUUAUGUUUGAUGACACACAAAACCGAAGACUUACAAGCGAAAACCGACAAACUGGUCGAAGAAGCAGGCAGUGAAGACAGGACUCCAGGUGAACAUAGACAAGACGGAGGUUAUGAAAAUAACCAACCAACAACAACAACAGCAGCAGCAACAUACAGCGCCAAUCACCAUCAACGGGAGGGAUUUGAAAGAGGUUACUUCUUUCACUUAUCUAGAGAGCAUUGUCUCAACUACAGGAGGAAUGGACGAGGAUGUCAAAUCGAGAAUCGGGAAGGCGAGAAACACAUUCAUCAACCUGGAACCAAUCUGGAAAUCUUCGUCACUCAGCAUCAACAACAAAAUUCGGAUUUUCAAUACAAACGUCAAGUCAGUUCUUCUAUACGGGUCAGAAAGAAUAUUUUCAACAGGUUGUAAACCUUUAUCAACAACUG